AAGGUUUCAUCUGCCGUAUCCAAAUUGCAGACCUUGGACAUCUGAACCGACUAUCAAACUUUUUUUUUUUUUUGGUCUUAUUUAUUUUAAACCCCCACUCCCAUUCUUGGGAUUUGGCUGUCCGAGAGGUCGCCUCCUCCUCAGAGAGAGGGUGUAAAGUUGAAACAGUCCCGGAGAUGCGGUCCCUUCUCCCGCUAACUGUGUAUUGCAUCAGCCUGGUUUCCCUCCAGCAGCUGUUGGCUUUGCCAGCUGGGGAGCGUCCAGACUCAGACAGUCUGGAUCUCCGCAAACAACUUAACAGCCCAGAAGAAGAUUCUUCCUCUGCUUCUGGACGCCAGACAAAGAGCAUUAUUGCAUCUCCAGCACCCAGCCAGUCCCCAAAAUGGCUUUCACGUUUACUGCGACACCCGGGAGUGAAAGUCGUCCACUCAGAACUGGCGUGGGCGCAGCCCUCUAAGGCUCGGCAGAGCAAUCAGAGGGCAUCGAGAACCCGACGCCACGCUCACCUGAGGGGACGUCACCAUUACCCCCACAAUGCCCAGCUGAUGAGAGUGGGUUGCGUUCUAGGGACCUGUCAAGUACAGAACCUCAGCCAUCGUCUGUAUCAACUCAUCGGCCAAAAUGGGAGAGAGGACUCAUCCCCCAUUAACCCUAAGAGCCCUCAUAGUUACGGAUGAGUGUGUCAACACCUCAGAACACCCACAGCAAGUCUGGCUAUAUCUCUAUUUAUUUAUCUGUUAAUGUAUUUCUUGUAGUUGUAUCAUUUGCCUUUUUAAAAAAUACAAUGAUGGUCUUUUGGUUAUCCCUGCUAAAUGCUCAAAAGAAACCAAGAGACCUUGAGCUGGCAUUUUAAUCCUGUUAAUGGAGGACUUAAGUCUUGUCUUCAACACCAUCCAGUGAUCUGUUCUUAUCUGCCAGCUGACCUCUCCAGUGGUGGUUACCCUGCUUCUCAGUGAUCAAACACUUAAGCUCUUAAUGUGGAUUUCAAGCUGUACCAUGAGCUAGAGCUCUGUCAAAACUAAUGUAUUCCCAAAGACCUUUUGAAUGACACAAUGAACCCUUUUACCUUGCCUUCUUAGCUCUGAAGUUAUUAUGCAUUUAAACAUGAAUUAUAACAUUCCUGGAACAAUCUACAAGGUUUUGUUCAAACUAGGAAUACACACCUAUGAUGGACUUCAUGUUUCAUGCUUGGAUUUAGAUGGUUUAGAUUUUUAAAAAUCCCCAGCCUUGAGUUAUUUGCUAUGAUAAAGAGCAUUCUCAGAACAUAAAAUCCAUACUCAAAGAGAAAAGAAGACAGUCAGCCUGCAGUGCACUUAAAGGAAUGCAAGCAGAAGCUGAGUCCAGCUAAGACCAGUUUCAAUUUCAUGUUAGAGUGGCUGGUUGGCUGACACAGUUGGUGGUAAAGUGAACCUUGGAGCCACUGAUCUGCGCUCAGUUGCUUCGCAGCAUUCGCCCUGUCAGAAUCUGAAAUAUUAGCCUUUUCACGUGAUUAACAAAGUUUAUCCCGCAACUCAGGACUUUGUGCUGACAACAGUUUAAUAAACUUUGACCUAAUCACAGUCAUGUGCUUCGACACAGCAGGACAUGUAGGGAGGGUGACCAAAACUAAUGUUGCUAGUAAUGUUUCUAGCUUAUCUUAACACUUUAAGGGGUUGGUUCAUUGGAGGGUCUGCAAGUAAAAUAAGGCCACCUUACAUAGAAAUAUGGAAUACAUAUAUUAUAAGCAAAAUAUGUUCAGUGAGUCAUAAACUUUCUUGCAUUUUUCAAUAAUGAGAGCACUACUAAAGUUUCCUUCAGCUACAUAGUACUAAGAUAUUCACAUAUAGAUGGAAAAACCUUAGCAGUUAAUAAUUACAAAUUCUAUGUAGCUUUCAUUUGUUCAAAUGUGUAUGUUUAUGCAAAUGAAUAUAUGCUUGUUCGCUAGACUUUGGUACUCAAAAUGUGUUUGGGGUACAAUUAACUGUGGCUCAGACACUGAAUUCUCUUUCCUCCUAUGUCAUACAAGAGGUUGGCAUAAAGAGCCAAUAAAAGUUGGCAAAUAUAAGAAUACAUUUUCAAAAAGUCAAAUGAAACACAUUUGACUUCAGAUUUGUUUUUCCAGUGCAAUUAUCUGUUACAAUGUGGGUUCGAAAUGAGAGACCACAGUGACCAAAAUGUUCGGUGUAACUGUGCCCAGUUUCAAAUAUGAGCACACAAUAGCACAGCACCAACAAAAACACAUUCACCAAUAGUUACUGUAUUCUAUUUAAGUAUGUCUCUGAAAUGGUGGGUGGAUGGUGGAAUAAGAGUAACCGGGGCCAAGCUUUACUCGUCAAACAUGCUGGAACUUGAAUUUUCCUCACCACACAGACAUAAGCAAACUCUGAAAGUCAAAACCUUUUGAAAAAUAGCAUACCUUUAGAUACUUUUUAUGCUUCAACUUGAAGCAUUAAUUAGCAGUGUUUUAUUGGUCCACAAGAGGAACACGAAUUAGUUUAAGAUUUUUUGUAUUUAAUUGGAGGUGCUUUUGCUUUUGAGUUCAUAACUAAAAGGUUUGGUCAUCCUUAGAGAUAAUUUGUUUUAAUUAACAAAAUACCUGGAAAUACUUGACAAAUGAAGUGACAUAGCAGGUGACCCAUAUAUUAAUUUAUAUAUUGAUGUAUAUUUUUGAGCAAUCUUUACUCUCUUUUUCAGUUCUAUCUGUAAUCAUCAGAGACAGAAGUCACAGGAUAAUAAUAUUAAUCAGUGGUUCCUUGGUCUUAACUUUAAUCUUCUCAAAGGCUUGCUGAGGUGAAUCACGUUUUUCUCUCUGUAAUGGAUUUAAUCAAUGUCGUCUGACAAAUCAUUAAAACGCAAAAAAAAAAAAAAAAAAAAGCUGGUGGAUCCGUCUACUUACAUUUUUUCUUUACUUUAAAAAAAUCCUUCACAUAUAAAAAGCAUGUGCGCAUGUAUUUGUGGUACUAGCCUUCUAUGUUUGAUCUGCUGUCUGGAUUAUUGUGUGACUAUUUAUUUUAUUUUUCACUUUUGUUUUGUCUUGUGUAGUAUGAUUUUGAGAUGUCAGACACUGCGUCAUUUGGAGCUGUGCAAGCAAACUGCGCAAUAUCCAACCUGCCAUCUAUAGAAACCAUUGAGAAUGUUUGAAAGCCCUCUAUCGCUAACACAAACAGGAAUGAGUCCAAAAAUGUGCUUCUGUUAGAUUUGUCGGAUACAUCUUUGUAGUUUUUUAAAGAUUAUUUUAGUCACAUGAUCUCUUUUAGGAUCACAGGAAAGCACUUUAAUGCAAGCAUGUUUAUAGUUUGUCACAACUUGAAUUUCAGUCAUUGUGAAGAACGUCCUUCUUGUAAAAUGUUGCUUUUGAUAUUGUCUGCAAAUGCAUUUAAAGAUGUCAUGGCACUCCUUGUGGCAUCAGGAUAGAUAUUUUAUGCACCAGUGAAUAUAUAUAUAAGCCAAAGUAUUUAAAGAAAAUAAUGUAUUUAAGUAUUUAAGUUUUCUUUGUACGUUGAUACCUGAAGACUAUUUAUCUCCUCCACCAUUUAUCUUUUCAACUGCGCCUUAAUGAUGGUAGGAAACCAAGUUUUUACUGUAGAUGAAAUGUUACUGUCUGACUAUGUUCUUCAGUGUGUAAAAUAAAGAAAUAUGCUGUAGUGUGAU